CUCUGUUCAGGGUGACCCUGAUUUAUCUGGGUGCUAUGGGGGGGAUGUGGUUGCCUGCGAAAUUCACACCCCCUCCCCCAUAUACCUGUCACAUCAAUGGGGAAACUGCAGUACCGUGCAAAAGCAGGGUGGUGGGAGCAUUGUGGGGCUCCCCCCCAGCACAGCUAGAUGCCGGGGGCUUGCACCCCACUGCCCUGCAUGCUCUGGGGGUGCCACACACCCCACAGACCCCAUGGGGAGGGGUGUCGCUCAGCAUCCCCCAAAAUCGGGGGCACCCUCAGCCCUGGGAGGGGUGAAGGGUCCCCCAGUUACACUGGGCUGCCCAGGGUCCGGCUGGAGCUUGUCUCCCGCCCCGUGGCUCUGCCCACGGGGUCCCCACUGGUGGCACGUCAUGGCGAGGGGCUGGGCCGCGCGGGGAGGACCCCCGGGGACGGCUGCCCUGCUGCAUCCCCCAGCUCCCCCCAUCCCCUCCCUCCGCGGGGCAGAGAUCUGGGGCUGGAGGCAGGGACAGGACCGGGCCCUGCAGCCCUUCUUCGCGGGGGGCGGCGCACGGCCCGGUGGCGUGGGCAUCGGCGGAGCAAAGCCUGCGCGGCGCGGGGGGCGGGGGGCCCACGGGACAAGUGGCAUCGCCCGUGGCCGUGGCCGUGGCCUUGCCGGCUCGCCCGGCUCUGGAUGGAAGCGAGCUGCGUGCAGGCUGCCAUGGCUCUGGGGCUCUCCUCCAAGAAAGCCUCCUCCAGAAACGUCGCCGUGGAGAGGAAAAACCUCAUCACCGUCUGCAGGUUUUCAGUGAAGACCCUGCUGGAGAAAUACACGGCAGACCCCAUCGAUGACUCCUCUGAGGAGUUUGUUAACUUUGCUGCCAUCCUUGAGCAGAUCCUCAGCCACCGCUUUAAAGGGCCCAUCAGCUGGUUCAGCUCGGACGGGCAGCGCGGGUUUUGGGACUACAUCCGCCUGGCCUGCAGCAAGGUCCCCAACAACUGCGUCAGCAGCAUCGAGAACAUGGAGAACAUCAGCACCUCCAGGGCCAAGGGCCGGGCCUGGAUCCGCGUGGCACUGAUGGAGAAGCGCAUGUCCGAGUACAUCUCCACGGCCCUGCGGGACACACGGACCACCAGGCGGUUUUAUGACGAUGGGGCCAUCAUGCUGCGGGAGGAGUCCACAGUGCUCACGGGGAUGCUCAUUGGGCUCAGCGCCAUCGACUUCAGCUUCUGCCUGAAGGGCGAGGUGAUGGACGGUAAAACGCCCGUGGUCAUUGACUACACACCCUACCUGAAGUUCACCCAGAGCUACGACUACCUGAGCGAGGAGGAGGAGCGGGGCAGCGUGGAGAGCAGCACGAGCGAGGACAGCUCCCCCGAGCACCCCUACCUGCCCCUGGUCACCGAUGAGGACAGCUGGUACAACAAGUGGCGCAAGAUGGAGCAGAAAUUCCGCAUAGUUUACGCCCAGAAGGGGUACCUGGAGGAGCUGGUGCGGCUGCGGGAGUCGCAGCUGAAGGACCUGGAGGCGGAGAACAAGCGGCUAAAGCUGCGGCUGGAGGAGGUGAUGGUGCAGAAUCAGCUGGAGAAGAGGGAGCUGGAGGGCAUCAUCCUGGAGCUGCAGGAGCAGCUGACGGGGCUGAUCCCCUGCGAGAACCCGCAGCUGGCCCAGCUCUCCAAGGAGAUGGUGACACCGCUGGUGAACCAGUGGCCCUCGCUGGGGACCCUCAACGGCAACGAGAGCGGCUCGGACAGCAAACUGUACAGGAGACACAGCUUCGUGAGCACUGACCAGCUCUCGGCCGAGAACAGCCUCAGCUCCGACUCUCAGCGCCUGGGCGAGGGCAAGCGCGAAGGCGAGCCCUGGGGGCCCUUGGGGAAGGACCCCACACCCUCCAUGCUGGGGCUCUGCGGCUCCCUGGCCUCCCUGCCGAGCUGCAAGUCCCUGGCCAGUCUCAAGUCCAACGAGUGCCUGGUGAGCGACAGCGCAGAAGCCAGCCCGACCCGCAGCCCCAGCUGAGACCCCCGGCCCCCUCGCUGCCCCGCGGCCUGGCUGCCCAGCCCACCGUUGCAUCAGAGGACUGACCUUGUCCCCCCCCUUGCCACCCUGGGACCACCAAGGGACUCGCCGAACCCACUGUGGGGGGCUGGGGAUGGGCAUCCCCCUCCCCAACACCCCACCCUGGCUGCACCUUGGACCCCAGGCCCAGUCGCUGGCUGGAGACAUGGACCUGUUGGGAAGGGGGAUGUGGGAAUCAGGACCCCUGCGAGCUGGGGAUGGCGGGGGGAACAGACUGUGCCAUGGGGGACACAGGGGCAACUGCUGCUGGGGAGCAAGGGAGAGGGGUCAGGACCAAAGCCCCUCCAGGGGUGAGGGCCUGGGCACAGCCCCCGUGUCCGUCCUGCUCAGCCCACGGGCAUCGCUCUUCCCGGGGCGCACACCUGGGCUGUGCCUGUCCUCCAGGGCCCAGCUCCCCAGACCCCCAGGUGCUGCAGGGGGGCUGGGCUGUCCCCCCCUUUGGGGACCAGGUGUCCUUCUCGCAGCAGCAUCCCCACAACAGGGUCAGACCCCUCCCAGCUCCUUCCCAUCCUCCCCAGGGUUUCAGGUUGGUUUGGGUGAUAUUGGUUUUUAAUUCAGCCCCAUCUGCUUUGUUGAAGCAAAAGGAAUCAAUAAAUGCAGCAAGCUGA